UCCAAGCUUCGUGGGUCGGCUGUCGGUAGCCGUUGGUUUUUCGCUUUACGGCGUUACGUCUCAUACGUCUUUGAUAAUUAAUUCAUCUAAUACUUUAACAUAACAUAAUGGCAUACGCAGUAAGGUUCGCCAACAGAGCAAGUGCUCUGUCGCUUCUGCGACCAGCGACAGCUUUGCCCACUGCCUGAAUUGUGUGGGUCGGUCCGGAUCCCGUGAGCUACUACUGCGUUCAAUGUUCCUCUACUGGAGAAAUGUGGGAAUGCUGCCUUGUUAUUACGACAUAUUCCUCGCACCUAUGUCGGCAAUGAGCCCGAAGCAAGCAGAAGCGACCGAGUACUUCUUCAAGAAGAACAAGUCACUGAAGAGGCCCUUGUCUCCCCACCUGAGCAUCUAUGCGCCCCAAAUGACAUCAAUGCUUUCACUGACACACAGGGCAACUGGCCUAACCAUGACAGCUGGCGUGUACGGCAUCGGUAUGAUGCCAUUUAUGUGCUCUCACCACUUCCCACACUAUGUGGAGGCUCUGCAGGCUAUGCACAUUUGGCCCGUAGUCACUUUCCCGGUGAAGCUUGGCCUGGCGUUUUGCCUCACCUACCACACCUUCAACGGCAUACGCCACCUGGCCUGGGAUUUGGGCCUUGGCUUUAGCCUCAAGGAGCUCUAUGCCACAGGCUUUGCUGUCAUCGGCCUCAGUCUGGCGACAGCUGUAGUGUUGGCCUUCAAGUAAACCUCCUUGUGUCUGGCAAUCAGCACUUAGAGCCCAGUGACACGGCACUGCCUUCUAUAAGGCUGUGCAUAGAGAGGAAAAGAAAAGCCGUACAACACCAAUUCUCGACGUGUUGUCUUGUUUUCUGAUUGUUAAUAAAAUACCUGCAACAAGUGUG